AUGUACCGAAUCGAAGGAAACCAAACCGUGCACUUUGGACUAGAGGUGUCUAUUGCGCACGCUAUAUCAGAGAAGCUAGGUUUCUCGAUUCAGUAUGUUGUUCCGAAGCAUAAAGUAAAAUGGGGAAUCGUAAGCGCUACCAAUAGCACUGGUCUUGUGGGUAUGAUACAGCGGCAUGAAGUGGACUUCGGAUUUAGCAGCUUAGGAUUUCAGCAUAGCCGAUAUACGUACCUAAAAGCGGGGGCACCUAGCUUUAUGUCGCAAAUGAGCAUAUUCACACCGCCAAAACGUCCGUACACGUCGUUUGAAAAACUUUUCCAGCCCUUUACAAUCGAUGCCUGGCUGUGCAUUGGCUUAGGGUAUGCGAUCUUUGCGGCAUUGACACUGCUGUGGGUGAAACUGAAAAUCGUUGCAAUGUGUGAAACGAUGCUACAUCCGAUGUACACGCUGUGGGUUCUUCUGAUGGGAGGAUCGACAGGAACCCUUCGCUUGAAUAGUUCACGAAUAUUUGUCAUUGGAUUCGUCAUCAACACACUGAUUAUCCGGACACUCUACCAAGCUGCAAUGUUUGAGCGACUGCAGGCUUCGGCUUUGCUUGCACCUAAUUUACACACACUGAGCGCCAUCAAUAAGGCCGGCUAUCACUAUACUAUGUUUCGGUCAACGGUGGAGUUUUACUCACAGAAUCCUAUGAUUCCUAGAAACAAGAUAACACCGAUAAAGAAUGAUAACAUAAACAUAGACGAACUCUGUUACCAAUUAUCCCAGAACCGACUCGGCGGAGUUUUGGCUCUUCCCUUCGACGUUGCCGCCUACUACGUGAAAAAAAAUGGAAAACGUGGUACUAACAAUAUCGCGACGACCGCUACUGGAAGAACGCCAAAGAGCAACCGGAACCAUCUAGCUUAA